GCUGUGCCUCAAGCCUGUGGCAAGUGCGAAAUGGCCGGCGAAUCUGCCGAGCUACUCCGGCGCAUCGAUGGCUUGCAGGAAGAGCUCCGCUUGCUCAGCGAUCGAAUUGUGAAAUUCGAGACGCCGGGCAUCCUUCAGGAACUUCGAAUGCUGAGCGACCGUGUCGCUAGCCUUGAGACCACGGGGAUCCAGCAGGAGCAAGUGGUUGUGAGUGCAUCGCCGGAUCCGACAGCAGAGAUGGUGGACGCAAGUGAUGCCCAGCGGCUCGAAGCUGGGAUGUUUCAAGGUGCCAGCGAAGAGACGGAGCAGUUUCGCACAAGGAGAAACACUGCCAAAUCGGUCUUUUUUGGCACAAGGAAUUCAAGGAAGCUUACAGCCAGAUCGGUCAUCGCAACAGAAUCGGAGCACGAACUUCAAGAGUCGUUCUGGGACGCUUUGCUGGUAGCAGGGCUGGAUGAGAUCGGCCCGGCUGGAACUGCCGUCAUCGCCUUUGGUGUUUUGGCAAGCUUCGGCCUCCAGCUUCUCUUCGUCUGGAUCGUCUUUACAUCGUUCUUGGGCCAUGAUGCCAAGUAUGACGUCAAUCAUUUGAGGGAUUGGCGCUUGCUGUAUGGUCAUAGCUUGGAUUCCUCCUCUGGCGCCUCAAGGGUGUCAAAGAUCUGUGGUGGAGCCCUCUUUGAGCGAGAGUGGUGGCACAGUGCGCUGCUGGAUGAGGUCGAUGCCUACCUUCUUCCAGUAUUUCCAGGCACUUUUCCCGAUUUGAGUGUCGGAGUGGUCCUAUCUAGCAUUGCGCUAGCAAUCUGGGCCUGUUACAUCGCUGCCGAGCUACAAGAUGCAGGCAGAUUUGCAUGGUCCAUCUUCCAGCUUCCUAGCGGUAACACGGUUAUUACCGCGGUCAGCCAGGAGGACCGUGUCUUUGAGAGUGUCAGUUGCCUACGCCGCAUCAUGGUGUUCUGGACGGUUCUGGCACGUUUGGCGAUAGCUGUCAUGCUGGGAAUUACUGGAGGCCUUUGGCUUGCAUAUACCCGGGAUAUCACCGACAUCAUGCUCAACGCUGUGGCCCUGCUUUUCAUCCUGGAGAUCGAUGAGCUCUUGUACAAGGUCCUGGCAUCAAAGCAUACCAUGAAGUAUCUCUCCUCGGUUCGCACUCUUCAGCUUGGCCAACGCAAAACAUGGGCGGGUGUUGAUGUGUGGAGUAUGAUGAGACUUCUUCUGCUCGUUGUAGUCACGGCCAUCUUCAUCCAGUGCACAGUUUGCCAAAAUGCAAUUCAGGCCAAAGCCGCGUUUGACAGCCUGUGUGGUGGCAACCUGGAUUUCGUGUACUCCUCCCAUCCACAAAUGGGGCCCAUCAUGGUCAUGGAUACCAAGCCUUUCGACCUACGCGAAGCGAAUUGGCUACCUGGCAUUCGCCAAAUGAUCGAAGAUGUGGUUCUCAACUACGAUCGCCGAGAUCUUGCAGAUGUUGUGACUUGGCGCCUGGAGGUGGGAGAUCGAAAGGUGGUGGCUCAGGUCGUGCCUAAGCAGGUCACACAGAUCUUCACGGCAUAUACCAAGCUUGAUGCAAUAAAUGCUGCUGACAACGAUGUGAUCUUCAGCAUCUCUUGUGAAGACCGACGUCCGUCGCAGUCGGAGUGGGAAUGGUCUACGGUGACAGCCAUGACCGGCGCCACAAACUGUAGGGAAGCCCAACCCUUCUGCGACAACAGAAGCUUUCCACUGGUUCGCAUGGUUUGCCCAGAAACGUGCGGUUGCACAGUGGUAGACAGCGGAAUUCUGAUUGAUACCGGAUGCAAACAGAGGUGCCAGAAUGAGAUGGCCUUCAAGGCGAGUCAAGAAAAUGCUUCUUGUCUCGACUAUUCCAUGUACAACCCAGAUGACAAUCGUUCAGAGCCCUGGCGACGGUUCUGGCAAGACUGGGGUAGAAUGAUGGAGUCUCUUGCAACAAAUGCAACUGACAGAGAGGAGAUGCAGGAGCUGUUUAGUAUGCUCGCAAUCGCUGACUGCAGCUUCAUAGAGGGCCUAGAAGAUUUCGUGUGCCACCCGGAGAAAGAUUCAACCUUCAGUGGCGACAAUGCCCCGAUGAAGGUUCGCUCCGCUUCGUGGGCUUGCCCGGAGACCUGCGGCUGUAGCGAUCAAGGCAGAGGAGCCUUCUGCCCAAAAUGUGGCAGUUCGAAGGCAUGA